CCUGUGUUUGAUAAGUUUCUGGGAAAGGCUGUACCCUCCAAAGUUGAAUAAAUUAUUGCAAAAUAUUCCGAGUCCAAAACUUGAACAUAGCUUAAUUAGUUAAAGAUAUUACUUAUCUAUUCAAAGAUCAGAUAUUCAAAUUUCCAACUGCUAUCCAAAAAGUUAUAUUAUAAUUUAAAAAAAAAAAAAAAUUGUAGAGUCAGAUUUCAAUCUCUCCCUCUCUCUGUAUUUGACUAGUGAUGAAGAUGAAGUCUCAAGUUUCAUAAGUCAAGAGAGAAAAUGAUGAAAUUUCCACCACUAACCUCCAAGAGUCCUUCCUAUUUUUCCAAUACCAUGAUUUAAUAAAACUCCCACUUUCUUUCUUCGAUCUUCUUCUUCAAGCCGCCGCCAUGGAAAAGCCUCCUUCUCCUGGCUUUGUGAUAAGCUUUUCCAUUGUGGCCGUCCUCACCGUCGCCUCCUUUGCAUCCUGUAUGGCGGCUGAAUUCAACAGAACAAAAAAAGAGGACCUGAAAUUGAACGGCAGAUUGUGCUUCCUGCCUGAAAGUGAAGCAUUCAAAUUGGGAGUGGGAGGUUUGGUAUGUUUAAUAAUGGCUCAGAUCAUCGGAAACGCCAUAAUCUGCCAUAGCUAUUGGCCAAAAGAGCAUAGAAAGAGUUGUAGUGUUAAAAGGCCUAUGCUUUCGAUUGCCCUUCUCAUCUCUUGGGUCAGUUUCGGAAUUGCGGUGGUAAUGAUGAGUGGAGCAACCAGCAUGAGCAGGAGACAAGAGUAUGGAAAGGGAUGGGUGGAAGGAGAAUGCUAUGUGGUCAAAGACGGAAUAUUUGUCGGCGCCGCCGUAUUGGUUCUCAUUAAUGGAGGCUCCACCAUAAGCUCCGCCGCCAUUGGGAGGAGGACGAACCAUGUUAAAGGCCCAAAUCAAAUACAUGCUCAAAUUGGAUAACAAAAUAAGUUACACGUCAUCAAUAUAUUUGUAUUUAUUGGAUUAUGAAUAAUGAAGAUAACACACAUCCACACUUGAUAGUUCUUUAUUUGUUUUUCCUCUCCUAAUUUGUAUAGUACCACAAGAAAAGAAACAAUUUAUACCUCAUAGUUUCAAAAUUAAAAUGUAUCAUAUCUUAGUAGUAAUUACGUGCACUCUCUUGUUUA